UAUACUGAUUUAACAAACAAAGCAAGCUAGGAUGGUGAACUUCGUACAAGUGAUAAGGGAUCACUUUGUUGACCGUCUAGCCAAGGGCGCGGGCCUCCGGCAACACGCCAUGACCGUCGACGAAGCCGGAACUAUCAUGACCUUCUGGGUGCCCAGGUACAAAAAGGCACCGGAGGAGAAGAAGAAGCACGCCGUGGUGCUGGUGCACGGCUUCGCCGGCGACGGCAUGAUGACAUGGGGGUUCCAGGUCGGCGCCCUCGCCAAGCACGGCUACGACGUCUACGUCCCUGACCUGGUGCACUUCGGCGGCUCCACGUCGCCGUUGCCGGACCGCACCGUGGGCUUCCAGGCUCGGUGCAUCGUGGCGGGGCUGCGCCAGGUCGGCGUGGUGGAGCAGUGCACUGUCGUAGGUUUCAGCUACGGUGGGCUGGUGGCGUUUGAGAUGGCGACCAUGUAUCCCGGUCUGGUCCGCUCCGUCGUCGUUUCCGGCGCAGCCGUGUCCUACACGGCCGCCAUGAACGACGCUCUGUUGGCGAGGUUCGGCGUCGCGUCCAUCAGGGAGCUCAUGCUGCCAGAAACUCUCGCAGGUGUCACGCGGCUCCUCACCACCGCCUUCUACAAGAAACCAUGGCUUCCGCGUCGCCUUGCCAAGGAUUUCCUCAAGGUGAUGUGUAGCAACCGAGAAGAGAGAGCCGAGAUGCUGGAAGAUACGAUAAUCAGGGAUAAAGCAGCACUUCCAGCCCCUGUUUUUCAGCAGAACAUACUUCUGUUGUGGGCAGAGCAUGACAACUUCUUUCCUAUAGAGAUUGGGAAGAAACUAAAAGAGGAGCUGGGCGAGAAGGCAACGCUUCGGACCAUUAGGAAAGCAGGGCAUCUGGCCAACCUGGAGAGGCCGUGCGUCUACAACCGCUGCCUCAAAAACUUCCUGGAUCACGUUACACUCUCCGAAUUAACCUAAUUAACCAUCAAACCAUGGAUGGCUGAAUCGAUCAUCUCUACCUGCGGUUGCUGGUUGUUGCUUAUAGUCAAUAAAUUUCAAACGGUGAAAGUAUUAAUUUGAAAGGGUACUGCCGCAACUCUUCUGGAAAUAUCUUGUAUAACUAUACCUUUGGGGUUCAUCGUUCAUGUAACUCGGUGGUUCUUUGUUAAGAGAGCCUCUUGUUUGGUGAAUAUAACGGGAAAUAUGUACCACGGAGGAUAAGAUAAAGAAAAAAAGUUACAUAUGCUAUA